AUGUAUCCAGGUGAGCUCAUUGUUCGUGGAACGAUAGCCACAAGCAUGAGCAGACACAGAGCAGUGUUUGAUUUGUAUGGAACCUCCGGCGCGAUCAUAAUGCACUUCCGCAUGGAUUUCAGAGGCAACGGCCAACCACAUCGGCUGGUUCUCAACAGCUACAAAGGAGGAUGGUAUAGUGAGAUAUACGGUUCGCAUCCUUUCCAUGCCGGGCAGACAAUCGAAGUUCGAGCCAGAAGAAUUGGCGACUAUUUCCAUUUAACUUACGGCAACGGAUCUUUCCUCAAAAUGUUUCCAAACAGAGUGCCGUCCUCCUAUGAGACAACGUCAUUCUUAACAUGGGGCGACUGGAUCGUUCAUAAUAUCGAAAUGAUUUGCAAAAAUCCUCCGCCUGGUUACAAAGGAAACGACGAUGAUUGUUAA